CCUCCGGGCUCCCCGCCUCGCCUCGUCUCCUUCCUCGCCCUCCGGCAGUCUCCCCUGCCUCUUAAACCCAGCACCCAUCAUUCCUGCGCACCUCUCCCCGUCUCUCCGUAUAAACCCUAGCUCUUAUCCAUUCGUCACUUCCCAAGCGUCACACCGGACCACCACACGCGCGCAGGAACAAGCCGCGGGGCCUUGGUCUCCAUCUCUACCUCAUGGCGCCGGUUCUGAUCAGGAGCCUCGGGGCGUCGUCGGUGGCGGCGCUGCGGCCGAGCCCGUCGUUCCGGCUCCUGCCGCGGGCGGCGCUCGUGCCGCAGGGUAGGGCCGCCGCGGCGAGAGGGGUGAGAUGGGAAGCCGGGAGGCGGAGGAUUGUCCGGGUAGGGUGCGACGCCGCCGUCGCCGAGAAGCCCACUGAGGAGGAGACGGCCGGCGAGAAGUUCGAGUACCAGGCUGAGGUUAGCCGCUUGAUGGACUUAAUUGUGCACAGUCUGUACAGCCACAAGGAAGUAUUUCUCCGUGAACUUGUAAGUAAUGCGAGUGACGCAUUGGAUAAGCUGAGGUUCCUCAGUGUAACCGAUCCCUCGGUCUUGGCUGAUGGUGGUGAGUUGGAGAUAAGGAUUAAACCCGACCAAGAUGCUGGGACAAUCACUAUCACAGAUACUGGCAUUGGAAUGACUAAAGAUGAACUCAAAGAUUGUCUUGGAACCAUUGCGCAAAGUGGCACCUCAAAAUUUUUGAAGGCUUUAAAGGAGAACAAAGAUCUUGGUGCAGAUAAUGGACUUAUUGGUCAAUUUGGUGUCGGAUUCUAUUCGGCUUUCCUUGUUGCAGAAAAGGUUGUGGUGUCAACUAAAAGUCCAAAGGCAGAUAAGCAGUAUGUGUGGGAGGCAGAGGCUGACAGCAGCUCUUAUGUUAUCAAGGAAGAAACCAAUCCUGAGAAAAUGCUGACACGUGGAACACAAAUUACUCUUUACUUGAGAGAUGAUGAUAAGUACGAGUUUGCUGAUCCUGCAAGAAUUCAAGGCCUAGUUAAGAACUACUCGCAGUUUGUCUCGUUCCCUAUAUACACAUGGCAGGAGAAAUCAAGAACGGUUGAGGUUGAAGAGGAGGAAGAAUCAAAAGAAGGUGAAGAGGCUACUGAGGGUGAAAAGCAGAAAAAGAAGAAAACUAUAACUGAGAAGUACUGGGACUGGGAAUUGGCUAAUGAGACGAAGCCCAUAUGGAUGAGGAGUCCAAAGGAAGUUGAGAGAACCGAGUACAAUGAAUUCUACAAGAAGACAUUUAAUGAGUUCCUGGAUCCUCUUGCUUACACUCACUUCACCACAGAGGGUGAGGUGGAAUUUCGAAGUGUCCUGUAUGUCCCAGGAAUGGCACCCCUUAGUAAUGAGGAGAUAAUGAAUCCAAAGACCAAAAAUAUCCGACUGUAUGUCAAAAGAGUCUUCAUAUCAGACGACUUUGAUGGCGAGCUGUUUCCCAGGUACUUGAGCUUUGUGAAAGGUGUAGUUGACUCAAAUGAUCUCCCUCUGAAUGUUUCUCGUGAAAUCCUUCAAGAAAGUAGAAUAGUCAGAAUUAUGCGUAAGAGACUCGUUAGAAAGACAUUUGACAUGAUUGAAGAGAUCGCCGAGAAGGAUGACAAAGAGGACUACAAAAAAUUCUGGGAGAGCUUUGGCAAGUUCAUGAAGCUUGGUUGCAUUGAGGACACUGGAAAUCACAAGCGUCUUGCACCAUUGCUACGGUUCUACUCUUCCAAAAAUGAGACAGAUUUGAUAAGUCUCGAUCAGUAUGUAGAAAACAUGCCUGAAACCCAGAAGGCAAUCUAUUAUAUUGCUACCGAUAGUCUCCAGAGUGCAAAGACUGCUCCUUUCUUGGAAAAGCUGGUUCAGAAAGAUAUUGAGGUUCUUUACCUCAUUGAGCCGAUUGAUGAGGUUGCGAUUCAGAAUUUACAGACAUACAAAGAGAAGAAAUUUGUCGAUAUUAGCAAAGAGGACUUGGAAUUAGGUGAUGACGAUGAGGACAAGGAAAAAGAAAGCAAGCAGGAGUAUACUCUUCUAUGCGACUGGAUAAAGCAGCAGCUUGGUGAUAAAGUUGCUAAGGUCCAGAUCUCAAAGCGACUCAGCUCUUCUCCAUGUGUUCUCGUAUCUGGCAAAUUUGGUUGGUCAGCCAAUAUGGAAAGGCUCAUGAAAGCACAGACACUUGGCGACACGUCAAGCUUAGAGUUCAUGAGAGGUAGACGAAUUUUCGAAAUCAAUCCUGACCAUCCUAUCAUCAGGGAUCUGAGCGCUGCUUGCAAAAAUGAGCCCGAAAGUACUGAAGCCAAGAGGGCUGUUGAGUUGUUAUAUGAGGCUGCCCUGAUCUCCAGCGGGUAUACUCCUGAAAGUCCAGCGGAGUUGGGAGGCAAGAUCUACGAGAUGAUGACCAUGGCCCUUGGUGGGAGAUGGGGAAGGUCAGAUACGGAGGACGCUGAAGCUACCUCUAGCGAAGCCAGCGUUGAGGUUGAUUCUUCUGAAGGUGCCGUGACAGAGGUGGUUGAACCCUCUGAAGUGAGGACCGAGAGCGAUCCGUGGAAGGAUUAGGGAGUUCUGCAGCUGCAGGCAAGGAUUAUGCCUUGAAGGUGUAUGAGCACAGCAUAGAAGUAUGAACCAGAGCCAGGUUUACGAAUGGUUCGGGUUGUGCUGCGAAGAUAAAAUUUUGUAGGCUAUAGUCGUCCAACGAAAUGUGUUGCACAUCGUGCGUUCAAGAGCCCUUUUUUUGGUGUCAUCUCGAGCGGUCACAUACAUUCACGCACACAAGGGUGGACCCAGCUGAUGAACAUGGAUGUACUUCCAAUAAUUUUGAUCAAAAAUUAUACUCCCUCCAUCCUAAAACAUAAGUCUAACCUAAGACUAAGAAUUUUAGGAUAUGAUCUCGAUUGCCCUUAAAGAAUUUAGGACAUGUAAAAUGAUCUUAAUUGCCCCUAUUUAUUUAUUAGCUAUAUUUGGAAUCGUAUAUUAUUGGAAUCGUAUAAUGAUUUGUUAUUUAGGAUGGAGGGAGUAGUAGUAACAUGCAUCUGUAUAUGUAUUUUCGUAUUUGGACCA